GACAUGAAUGUGGUCAGAAAGAUUGAAAUCCUUCACAACGUCUCUGAUAUAUCCUUCAAUACGCGGCUGUGGGGCCCACUGAGAGUUUCCCCAAUCUUUCUGUGCAAAAGAGAAACUGUAAACUAUGAUCGGAAUGUCGUUUGCGCAGCCUGGGUAAUUCUGAAGGACGAGUGGUGUUAGACUUGUUGAACUGAGGGUAUAGAAGCAUACAGCUGCUAAAAUACAGCUAUACACCCGAUGUAAACUAUAAACUUACGUUUAUGUACCAAGUGCCACCAACUUCAGGUUCGCGUUCGCUGGAGACUAUUAGAUGAGGACUAUGCGAAUGAAAUAACUCACUAAAUCUCAAAAUCGUCAAUUCCGACUGUUGCUUUGAGUUUACAUCCCAUUGCUACACCGGAUACACCAGCGCCGAUAAUAAUACUAGCGGUCUGUUAAUAUACGAUUUAAAAACACAUUAGACAUACACUGCCUGAUCAGCCAUCUUGGUAGUUAUAUUCAAAGGGAAUACCGGCAAGUUCGAUAGCCGGGCAGACAGACCGAGGAAAGAGACCGAGAAAAGGGGAAAAGAAAAGUUAUUCAUUUAAGUCCUUUACGUUUAAGAAUGUAGUACUAAAUAUAUUAAAUGUAGAUUAAGGUGAGAUAAAUGACUGCUCUGUAAACGCAGUACCUUGAACAGUCAACUUGGUUGCUUCCGCUACUCCUUCUGGGAGGUCUAAUUGAAGCUCCGCUGGAUUCAAAUAUUGGUAGAUAUAUGGUUUUGUCUUUGCAAAGACAUGUACAGCCUUUCUGACUACGUAUGGAAUGUGAGCAAGGAAAUCAACCUUCUCAACUAAACCUCUAUUGACACCCUCUUCUUUCUCGUUCUUGUAGUUGACGAGCAUUUCUGCGCGGAUUGCCUUGUUGUUUUCAAUAGCAGCGCCGCCCCAUACGUAUCUAACCUCUGAUGGUACAAUAUAUGCGGUCUCUUGAUCCUUUAUAGUGUUGCGGUAUUCAGCGGCAGUCAAUCCUUGCGGCAUUUGUCCAGGGUAGGUCGUUGAUCCAGUAACUGAGAGCAACUUGUCACCUGCAACGAGUGCACCAAUUGUGACCUUGACACCACCGCCACCUUCUGUUCUAGUAGCCAAACCAUAGCCAUCUGUUGUCUCAAACUCCAUGAGAAGUGAAGAGACACCGCCGUGCUGGUCUGAUUGGAAGAGGGCGAAGUUCCAAGAGCGUGCAACGAGAUUAGCUCUCAUACCCUGGAUAGCGUGUAUGAAUGCACCGUGACCGACAGCAUCUACGAGCUUUCCCUUGAUGAUGACCUGACCCUCUGUGCGUACUCUAGGCCAGAAUCUGUGUACAACAUAGCCAUCCCUCUUGUUUGAUGAUUUGUCGUUACCAUAUGAGGUGUAACCACCUUCAGGACCAUCUCCGAGUUUGAAACCGGCGCAACUAGCAGGACGUAUAAAGUUAAUAAUGAUUUGUACUUCAUUGUCGAUCUUUGCGUUUAUCCUGUAAGAUUCAUCGCCAUUUGGCAAGCUCUCGUGGAGGAUGGUGAAUUGGUCAGCCGAGCAGCUGCGACGAUCGUAUGAUUUUCCUGGUACUUUCGCAGGCGUGCUAAAGUUGUUGACACUAAUAGAUUUCCAGAGCUUAUUCGCGGUCGUUGGGUUGUAAAGCAUAAAGUUGAACUGGAUUUGUGGAUACCAAAAGCCAACAUGUGAGUGUACGACUUGUACACUCAAACACUGACCAUCCUCUAAAAUGCUGUAAAACGUCUGAGUCUCAGCUACAAAGUUCGAGUUAAUAGUCGCCCAUUCGGUGUCUUUAGGAGUGAGUGGACCAAAGUACUGGCUGCUUUCAAAUUCCUCGGUGACUGGGUGUAGAUUCUUUACUUUCUCUGCGCUGCCGAAAUUGAACAUGAUGGCGGUUCACUAGUGAGCGAGAUAGAAUAGCUGGGAUUGUAAAAUUAGUGAAAAUACUACUACCAUCUUAUAGAACUUCACAGCAAGUGAAUUUCUAUUCGACACCCUCUUCUCCACUACACUCAUAUGCCAAUUCCACUCCCGCUGCUACCACUAAUAGCAGAGACAAUCUACUACUCUAGCAGACCUUCUAUUGACUUAGAUCCCGUUCCAGAGCCAGGCAGUUGGUCUGAGCAGGACGCCAGACACACCCUUCACGCCUUAUCCAGAGUGAACAGAGACUGGCACGACGAGGCUGGGAAGUAUUUGUGGCGCAGACUGCACUUUAGAUUAGCCGGUGGUUUCCUCUCUGUCGUCGACGUCGUCGCUGGAAAGCAGGACGAACAGGUUAGACAGCAGAGCAACCACUUCAGAAGUUUAUCUAAACCCCCAGCGAUUGAGCCACUCAGACCAGAAGCUAUUCUUCCGGAUGGUCCUACUUUGCCACGCAACACUUAUCGCACUACUUCACUUAGAAUCGCUUCGAUUCCAGAGGCAAGCGAGAGUGCUCCAGAGGAGACCCCCAAAGAUACCUCGAAGAGCGCGUUCUCUCCGCCAUCUUUUAGCAAUGAUUUCACUACUCCUCUCCAAUCCCCUGAAUCAAGUUCCCCGCCAGUCAGCUCACCCCUCGCACUCCCAUCGAUUAGCUCAACCUUCUUCUCUCACCCGAUUCCUAAUGACGAGACACCUCCUUCUUCACGCAAGCAAUCGCCAUCCAGAGGCAGAGCCCGGCGGCAAUUCCAGGAUCCAUCAGCCAGGUCAUCGCCCUUUAGAGCCCGCAGUAUGAGUCCACCGAGAGACCUCAGCGAGAUCGUUAACCUUGCUACACAGCUCCAGCGUGAAGAGGUUGAAAUCAAGCGCACUAACAGUCCUGAGACACGCGGCAGAAAAUUUGACAGAGUUCGUGAGCUUAGCAAGGAAGCAGAACGUUUGAGGAGUGCGAGCCCUAUCACUGCCAAACUCGAGGAGUGCCAUUAUGAUGCCAUCACAGUCCGUGAGCCAAGUCCAGAGCGUGAACGGUUGGCAGAAAUGCGCGAACAAAGCCCAGAUGGGCAAGAGAAUGAGCUGUGGUCUAGCAGUGGUACAUGGCUUGAUCCAUUUUGUCCUGUCACAGCGACGCCUUAUCCUGCACGCCAUAUCAACCACAUUUCUUUUACCUCUUUCAGGACGGCAGGUUUAAGAAGAUCGAUUGCGCAAGGAACAGAAGAGCGCUUCUGCACGCCUGAACGCCUUGAGAGGCUUCUCGAUGCUUGUAGGGCUGUCCGCGGAUUUGGAGCGAGCGAGUAUAUGGAUUCAGCAUUAAGCUUACCAGUUCUCGAAUCACUAUUGCUUCGCGAGCCACCAGCUCCACAGACUCAUAAAACGCGUCUCCGGCGUGCAUUCUCCGUUAGAGACCCACCUACUCAACAAGCACAUGAAGAGCAUGAGGUUCAAAACCGUGCUAAAAUCAUCCCAGGUAGACCCCUCCAUGCUUUGGACCUUAGUGGCUGCGUAAGCCAAAUGUUCUUUGACUCACUCGAAGCCUUCGUCAACAAACACCUCUUUGCCAAGCAAUCUGACGCGUUUGACGAAUUGGACGAUCUCCUCCGCUAUGAUGAUGAAGUAAGAGCCCAAUCAAUGGAGCGCAAAGCGGACACAAGUAGCACCGACAAACCUUCCAACCCUCACACAGGUCGUUUCAGCGCUCUACGCAGACUCAAUGUUUCUAAUCUUGUCAAUGUCUUCUCACCAACUUUGAAAACAUUCGUAUUGGCAUUCCCAACAUUAACACAUCUCGAUUUAUCAAAUACUCGUGCGACACCUGGUUUAAUCUGUGCAUUAGCCAGAUCACCAACGGUCAGACUAGAAUCAUUCGCUGCAGCGCGUUGCAAGAAACUUGAUGGAGAGAGUCUCGUAAGAUUGUUGGUUGAAUCACCUGUCACUGAAAAUCUUAAAGAGUUGAACUUAUAUGGUGACAGCGCAGUUCCUUCACCAUUCCAUGCCGAUGAAUUGGAAAUUCUCCUUAGAUGUGCACCUUGCUUCGUUAGUGGUAAUAUGCGCUAUAUAGAUAUUGCUGGUGCACCACUUACAGAAAAAAUGUUACAAAAUCUCUCGGCUCAACCUCAUUUACGUAGUUUAGGAUUAGCUAAUAUACCACGUAUUCCACUUAGCGCAGUCGCAGAUUUCAUAAAAAAUAAAGCACCAGGAUGUGAAAUUGUUGAUUUGGCAUUAUCAACUCCUGAAUUGGCAGUCAUUCCUGGUGUUUCAUCGACAGUUAGAUCAGCUGUUUUGACAUUCCAAAAUAAAUUUAUUAAAGUUUUAACCAAUCCACCAUUUAGAUUCUCACUCACUUCACCAACACCAGUAGAAGAAUCACCACCACCAACUGCAGUCAGAGUUGUUGAACUUGGUAGUGAAAUGCUCAAUGCAUUACAAGGUGGCGCUGGUAAUUGGAGAGUUAUCAGAUCACGUGGUAGAAGAGGUUGGUAUGUUGAUGUAUCCACCAAACCACUUCAAGAUGGUUUACUCGCUCGUAACCUUGACAAAGGCGACAAGUGGAGGCAACAAAUGGAAUAUCUCUCACAAGCUAAAGGAAACGUUGCAUCGUACAUUGGUUGGCACUCAAGAAAGAUGGAGGUACUCUCUGGUCAGGGUAUGCUCGGUCGCGAGGAUGGUCUUUACGGUGUUUAUGCAUAUUCCACUGGACUCUAAUCAAUUCCCAGCAUUAAAACGCAGUUUUUAUUAAGAUUUCCAAUUGCAACUCUUUUACGCAUUUUUCAGUUCGUAAUUUU